ACUUGUUUUUUUUUUCGUUCAUCCCAAGUGCUAUAUGUGAACCAAAAUACGAAAUGAAAUAAAAUGGAAAAACUGAAUCAUUCUUAAUAAAUGGCAAGUGUUAAUUUUGUUAUUGCGAUGUUAAAGUGAAACUAUCGUAUGUAUAUGCGUAAUAUGAAUAAAUAGUGGUAAUUGUGUGAAAAAAAGUUUUUAAAAAUAUACAAACAGCACUUACAAUUAGGGAUUAUUAUUUUAUUUUCAUUGUAAAGAGAAAUGCCAAAAUCAAGGUUGUUGAACAAUACAAAUAAUCAUUUUGAUGAAAAAGAAUUUUUAAUUCCAAAUCAACAUGAAAAAAAAUCGAGUGAAACAAAUCAUGUAACAUCGUAUGCAAAAUCAUCAAAUGCACCACACCAAUUGGAUGUAAAUGGUGGCAGUAGCGGUGCAAUAAAAGCAGCAACAACAACAGCACCACCACUAAAUCGUUCGAGUUCUAGGUCAUUAACAAAACGACCUGUUUCAUCGACUGCAUCGAGCGCUGCAAAUGUGAAACCAAACACCAUUUUAAGUUUAGAAGACCGUGAUAUUGUUGUCAUUGAUAAUGCGGAUUACAAAGAGUCAACAAGCAAUGAGAGCACGGUCAUUGUUGUGGAAAAACCACGUAAAUUACAUCCAAAGGCUACUGGUGAUAUAGAUUUAGCGGAAUUAUUGACGGAAACCAAUUGGCCAGCAUCGGCUGGUGAUUUAGCAUUAGCAUUAAACAAUCGAACCGGUGGCAAUAGUGGUGGCAUAGCAGCACCGUACAAUUUCAGCAGCGGUAGCACAAGUACAAGUAAUUCAUCAAUUAGUUGUCAACAAGCGACCGGAAUGUAUGCGAUCGAACGAAAUCGCUCAAAAAAUCCAUUGUCACACAUUGGACAAUCGAAAAUUACCAAACGAAAUGCAAGCAACAAUACAAAUCAUUUUGUUACAACCGGAAAUCUUAUCAAUUUAGAUUCGGACGGUAGCUCAGAAUCAAAUUCAAAAAAAGAUGAAUCAAGUGAUUAUCAAAAAGCACAAUCAAAGGCAGCAUUGCUGGCCCCAACCACGUCAUCGGCUGUCACAAAAUCAGAUCACUUAAUAAAAUUGAAUUUGGACAUUGGCUCCAUGGUUGAGAUAACUCGUGAAAAUUGUGAAAAUAUUUAUGGUGUAAUCAGAUGGAUUGGUAAUUUGCCAUGCACAAAAUGUUUGAUGGUUGGUGUUGAACUAGAGGAUGAACUUCCAACGCAAUCGGUCGACGAUGGAAUGAUAAAUGGUGUUCGACUAUUCACAUGUCCGCCUGGAAGAGCAUUAUUCGUUGAACCUGAACAAUGCACCGUUGACCGGCGAUUCCAAGAUGUCAAACCGCCAUCACAAUCACAGUACGAGAGUGAGAGAAAAGCUGCGGAAAAUUUUGGUCAUAUCGAUUGUCCGAUUAUUCAAGGAUCGAUGUCACCAUUGAAAUUUGUAAAACUUCAAGAGCUCGAAAAAGUGUCAGGGAAAUUCAAAGGCAUUCAAGGUCACUAUAAUUCAUGUUAUUUGGAUGCAACGCUGUUUGCAAUGUUUACAUUUACUUGUGUGUUUGAUUCGUUGUUAUUUCGACCGGCUGAUCCACAAGAUAUAGCCAGUUACACUGAAGUGCAAAAAGUGUUAAGAGAGGAGAUUGUGAAUCCAUUGCGAAAGAAUUUAUUUGUUCGUGCUGAUCGAGUGAUGAAAUUGAGACAAUUAUUGGAACGUUUGAGUUCGGUGACAGGGCUUACUUGUGAGGAGAAAGAUCCCGAAGAAUUUCUAAAUAGUUUAUUAACACAAAUCAUGAGAGCUGAACCAUUUUUAAAGUUAAAUUCGGGCCAGGAUGCUUUCUACUAUCAAUUAUUUGUUGAAAAAGAUGAACGAUUGAAUUUUCCAACCGUACAACAGUUGUUUGAACAGAGUUUUCUAGCGUCUGACAUAAAAUUGAAAGAGGUCCCAUCUUGUUUAAUCAUUCAAAUGCCACGAUUUGGCAAAAAUUUCAAAAUGUAUCCUCGCAUUUUACCAUCUCAAGUAUUAGAUGUCACCGAUAUCAUCGAAGGCUCCCCACGUCAAUGUUGUGUAUGCGGCAAAUUGGCCGAAUUGGAGUGCAAACAAUGCUAUGGAUCGUUGCAAUUCGGUGCUGGUUUGGAGACAACCAGUUUUUGUCGAACGUGUUUGGAUAAAGUGCAUUCACAUGAUCGUCGGACAAAUCAUAUCCCACAAGAGCUUAAAGUGCCACAUGAUUUUUUAAUCAUGGCCGAGCACAUAAGUGUGCCGAGAAUUUUUAUGGAACUAUUUGCUGUGGUGUGCAUUGAAACAUCACAUUACGUUGCCUUUGUUAAAUGUGGCUCAGGCGCUGAUGCUCCAUGGUGUUUUUUUGAUUCGAUGGCCGAUCGAAAAGGCGAACAAAAUGGCUACAAUAUUCCAGAAGUAGUUUCGGUGCCAAAUUUACCACUGUGGUUAUCCGAGGAUGGUUCGAAGGAGCUUAAUGAACGUUAUCUAAGUGAUAAAUCGUUGCCAGAACACGCAAAGCGUCUGUUUUGUGACGGUUAUAUGUGCAUGUAUCAAACUGACGUGAUGAUGUAUAGAUAAAUAGAUUUUCUUUCGUCAGUACUAAAUUAAAACUAGUUUAAUUUGUAUAGAUUUGAUGCAAUGAAGAUGAAGAAAACAAAAUACAUGCACACCGUCAAAAUAUUUUGCGAAAACAAGUGACAUAGUUUUAAAUGCCGCCAAGUGAUGUAUUUAAUUUAGAAUAAAUGAUACCGAUUGUGAGAGUUUCAUUUUAAAAUGAUGUAUUUUGACGACAAUUAUAAAUGCAUUUGCAUUGAGAACACUUGUUUCCACAAAAUAUUUGUGUGUGUGUGUGCAUACUUCAAAUCUAAAUCCAUACAAAAAAUUGAAUUUAAAACCAUGUUAAGAAUUAAAAAGAAAAACCAUAAAAAAAAACAAAUCAAUCAAUCAAGCAAUUUAUGGUUGUUUCUCUUUUUAUCCAAGUUUCAAAAUAUAAUAUUUUUGAGUAUUCUUUGAGGACUUUACUCACUUUGGAGAUGAAAGAAACAAAUUAUCUCUGUAAAUGCAGUCUAACAAUAUUUAGCUGAUGAAAUUCGUUGUAUUUGAUACAAUUAGACAAAUUUGAAAAUGUAGACAAACAAACAAACUUUUUUUUGCAAUAAUUACCAUGUUAAGACAACAAAACAACUUAAGACAAUUUCCAAAAAGCCACAAGAAUCUAAUUAUACUUAAACAAUCUGAU